CGGACGUGCCUAUGCAAUGUCGGGGUGACUCGACAAAAUCCAUUAUCGACGUGACACAUUUCCCGUGUUCCCGGGCGUAUUACAUACAUCACCUCGCUGUACAGCUUUAACACUCGGCCGAGCUAGACGAUACUCCAUUAUGCCGUCCUACAAACUUCACUACUUCAAUGCUAGGGGAUUCGCAGAGAUUUCCCGUCUCCUUUUUGCCGCGGCUGGGGUAGAGUAUGAAGACAUUCGCUACGAUGGGGAGACAUGGCGUGAAGCAAAAAAAAAGAUGCCCUAUGGAGUGGUCCCCGUCCUGGAGGUCGACGGCGAGAUGAUUGGCCAGAGCUUUGCCAUUGCUAAAUAUCUUGCAAGAACGUUUGGGUUCAAUGGCAGCAACUCAAUGGAAGAGGCAAAGAUUGAUGAAAUGAUAGAACAUACACGAGACAUGAUGAAAGACUUUAUUGGUGUACAUUUCGAGAAGGAUGAGGACAAAAAGAAAGAACUCCUGAAAGAGAUGCAGGAUAUAAAAAUUCCGAAGCACUUGGGGAAUUUCGAGAAGGUGCUGUGUAAGAACAAGGGCGGAGAUGGCUUCUGCGUGGGAGACAAACUCUCGAUCGCUGAUAUUCAACUGUUUCAUGUGCUGGGCUGGGUAUCUGAGCAGGAGAAGGUACUCGCCACAUUCCCGAAAUGUCUCGCGUUCUUCGGUCGCAUUAAGGAGAUCCCACGCAUCAAGGAAUGGCUCGAGAAGAGACCAGUUACCACUAACUAUGCUCUUCCCGCGUGGUACUGUCCACGCCAUUUGUUAUUCUACGGCGCGUCGUUACGGACAAGGGCCUGUUGCCACACAUGUGGAGACAGGCCAGAUAUCCUCUCGCUGCAAAACAGAUAUCGGCCUCGACCAGGCAACAUCUCCAGGUUUUUCAACAUGCCGUCCUACAAACUUCACUACUUCAAUGCCAGGGGCUUCGCCGAGAUUUCGCGGCUGAUCUUCGCCGCGGCUGGGGUAGAGUAUGAGGACAUUCGCUACGACAGAGAGACGACUUGGCCUGCAGCAAAAGCACAAAUGCCUCAUGGAACUGUCCCAGUCCUGGAAAUCGACGGAGUAAAACUUACACAGAGUUUCGCCAUUGCUAAAUAUCUGGCAACCAUAUAUGGAUUUAAUGGCAGCAACCCAAUGGAAACAGCAAGAAUAGAUGAAGCCUGCGAGCACACGAGGGAUCUAAUGAAAGAUUUUAUAGUGGUGCACCAAGAAAAAGACGACGUCAGAAAGGCCGAACUCGAAAAGAACUUUCAAGAGGUGAAACUACCCGUUCAUAUGGAAAAGUUGGAGAAGGAACUAACCAAGAACAAUAAUGGAAAAGGAUUCUUUGUUGGUGAUAAGCUCUCAUUGGCUGACCUGGCUGUGAUGCAGAUACUGAGUUGGAUGCCAGAGGCAGUUGCGUCAUACCCGAAUCUGAAGGCACUCCUUGAGCGUGUGGAGAACUUCCCUGGUAUCAAGGAAUGGGUCGCAAAGAGACCCAAGACCGCCAUGUGAGCAAAGCGUAGAGGGAAGAGGAUUGGGAUGUUGGCGAGCACCAUCUGUGAGAGGUUGUUGUGUAUACCCGUGCCAGAAAGGUUGGUUCUGGUCGCCACAAUGGUCAUGAGCUAAAUGGAAACUUGACGACCCUUCUUGUGACUUCUUUCCACCGAAAGCAACCAUUUGUGCAACAUGGCUGUUGUGGCGACUCAGAAUCCAUUCUGGUGACUUCGACCAAAAAGGCGACUCAGGCUUAAAGAAGUUAAAACCCUUUUGAAAAUGUUCCCAUGGUCUGGUGGAAGAUUUGCCCUGCAGGGUGAUUUUGAAUCGCCAGAACGCUGUGGUUGCCAAACCAUUAUACAAUAAGGUUUACGAUCAACACAAAAUGGACAAUAUAGUAUUCUAGAAUAAAGGUACUAGUAAUAACCAUACCAGAAUCUAUUUCCAAAAUCGGCUAUAA